AGCAACAAUUAUGGCGGAGAACAUAAGACUAAGAGCGUAAAAUAUAUACUAUUGGGCCCAUAAUUCAAUCGGGACUUAAAUAUGUGGUUGACUCAACGCAAGAGUGUGUGAGGAUAAUCAGGGAGAAUAAGUACUUGCUGUCACAAUUUUUAGAAAUGAAUCCUGACCCUGAUGAACAUGUGUAUCCUGGUAUGGAGGAACUGAAAUGGGGAGAAGGAAUCAAAAUAAAAAACAGAGAAAAAGUUCCACAAGCUCACUACAGUGCACUCGGGGAGAAAGCAAGGAAAAUGUUUCCCAGUGAAAGUCUUUGUAAAAUGUUUUGUGGUGGCAAGUCUUGCAAAUACUGCAGCUCUACCCAUUGGACAGAAGAUCAGAUGGUUAUUAAAGGCUUAUAUUCUGAAUGGGUGACCCACAACAUUCUAGCAAUGGCAAGACUGUCUAAUGAACAGAUUGAGAAAUUUGGCAUUAUACAGCAAUUUGAGAAAUUGAACAUUAAAACUGUCAUUAACCUACAACAACCAGGAGAGCAUGCUUACUGUGGCCAUGGCAACGACUCCACUGGAUUUGCAUACAAUCCACAAAUUUUAAUGGAAAAUGGAAUUUUCUUCUACAAUUUUGCAAUGGAAGACUAUGGUGUGGCCAGUAUGAGUAAAUUAUUAGAUAUAGUCAAGGUCAUGCAGUUUGCUGUUUCUUCGGGUAAAGUGGCUGUACACUGCCAUGCUGGUCUAGGUCGUACUGGCCUUAUCAUAGCUUGUUAUCUUAUCUACAACAAUAGAAUAUCUGCACCUAAAGCUGUUCAAUAUGUGAGAUCUAGGAGGGCUGGCUCAAUCCAAACAAAACAACAAAUGAAACAUUGCUACAAGUUUGAACAAUUCCUACAAGUUUUCUUUGUUAUAUUUGCUUCACUGGUACCAGAAGCCAAUCCUGUUCCCUUUAGAACAUUUUUAAUACGACAAAGACAACUUUUACAUGGCUACGAGGCCAGAAAGUUGAAGCACAUUCCUAAGGUAGUCUAUGUCUGCUGUGAACGCUUGCUGGAGUUAUGUGGUAGAGGAGGAUCUUUAUCUUCCCUUCGCAAUGCAGUCCAUGACCCUGCACCUUCAGAUUUAGAAACACGCAUUGGUAACCUUACUGACCAGGACAUCUUACCAUCAGAACCAGACAGUCUGGCCAGUUCGUUAAACUUUGACGACUCUGCAAAUCUCUGUGAGUUGCAGUCACCAGACAGCAGUCAUGAUCUACAUCUAGAGAGAUUGAAGAAUGGAUUGAACAAAGAUGGAAGACUGAAAGAGAUAGCAGAACAACAAGUCAAAGGAAAUGAAGAUGCCUAUGAAAUAGAAGAAGAAGAAGCUAAGGAUGAAUGUAGCACUGGCACAGAGGAUGAUUUAUCCAGUGGAGAUUCACUGAAUGGCAGUCUGAGCAGUAGACCAAUAUAUUCAGUGAAUGAGCUGUGUCAUUCUAUUGUUUAUGGGGAACUGUCAGUAGAGGAGGAGAAAAUCAGGAACAUUAAAGAACUGUUAAACAAGUCUGACACAGCCUGGCAAGAUUUGGCUAGAGAAGACUCUCCACUGGUCAUAUUUAUGGUAAUGAUAGACUGGAUUGAUCAGUUAAAUGAACCAAUUCUAAGAUCUCAAGAUAUUUCUUUGAUAUUAGAGAACAGUAAUACACCAGCAAAGGCAUUAAUCAAUCUAGAAACAAGCACCAGCCAUUUCCUGAAUUAUAUUACUCUUGUGAUUAGUAAACUGGACCCAGGUGACCAGGAUCUACAUGAAAAACUUCUGGAACUCAUUCUGGCUCAUCUCUGCCAGAAAAGGUUCAAUGUCUGUCCACGUAGUAGAACUCCUUCUAGUUCAGCCUCUGCUGCCAGCCUUAAUGUCAUUACAGACUCCUUGAGAUCUGAAGAUGCAUAUCAGUUGUUUCACUUUUUCCAGGAUCUGUUACAUUCCAAAGAUGUACAAAAAGGUCAUAGUAAAAGAAAAGUUUGACUGGGUUCAGAGAUUGUUACCAGUUGGAAGAUUUGUUAUUUAAAUGUUUAAACACCGUUUCCUAAGCUGAUAUAAGAAAUUGUUAUUUGACUGACAGCCAAUCGUUUGAUAUGAUAGACAUUUAAAAUUAUUACUUAAUAGAGAUAGUAUGUGUUAUUAAUUUCACUUAGCAAGCUCCAAACCAAAAGUUGUUUUUUUUUUAUCUAUAAAGCUUAAACGAAAUCAAAAAUAUAUGUUGUUUUAUCUAUGGAAAACAAUGUUUCUUAAUAUAUUUUGACAAAAUGAUAUUAAAUAUUGUUUUGUAUUGAACAAAAUACUCUUCCACUUGGCAAUGUUUUUCAUAAAGUUAUCAGAGCAAGUUACAUUUUUGCAAGCUCAGUUCCUGUUGCUAGCAUUUCAAUUAUGUCCCUUUGGUCCUUGAACUUGUUUGUGCACUUGUAUCAUUUAAAUAUUUUUCGAAUAAGUUAUACUAUUAUGUAAGUAUUUUGUGCUUGACACUUGAAGACUUAGUCAAUAAUUUUUUUUAACUAAGUCUACUUUCCAAAAAGUUUAAUUUAUUUUUAUUCAUUGGAUUUAUAAGAAAUAAUUAGUUUGUCAUCAACGUUUUGGCUAUUUCUAUUAACUGAUAUAGCCCACAUUCCUCAAUUGGCAUACACCAUAGUAUUUUUGUUGUAUUUUUACAUCCAAGGUUACGGCUAUUGUAGCUUAGAAUUAGCAUAUCUAGCUGUUGUUGUUUUUUUUUUAAAUCUCAAUAGAAGUACAUCCCAUUGGCUUAGUAGUUUGUUUGAGCACCCAAGAUGUGGUCAUUCUGCCACUACAGCAUCAAGUUGUCUUAUUUAUUGAUGUCACUUGGGCUGUCAGUUUUUUUGUUUUUUUUUUGUGUUUUCGCUGUAAAUAUAUUUACAGGUUGUUUAGGCUUGUCUGUUCUAUAUUUACAAGCAGUUGUUUAGGCUUGUCUGUUCUUGUUAAAAAAAAAUAUAUAUUUAAAUGUAGAAAAAAAACUGUUAGAGAGAAACUUGUAUUUUAUAUCUAUGAAGCUAUAAUGUUUUGUUUUUUCUUUAAAUAACUGUCUCAAGUAACUAUUGAUUAGAUUUUAUGGUGUGAUUUUUGUGUCUAUAAAUAUAUAGCCACAGAUUAAAUGUUCACCAAAACAAGGGAGACAAAUUACCUUUUCUUUCACAACAUAUUUCUGUGAUGAUAUUAUUAGUAAAGACAUUCCUACUAUUAAUUGCAUCAUUCCUUGUUUCUCUGAACUGAAGAGCUACACACAUCACAUAUUGUCACAAGUUUAUUGUUGCAUCAUUUCUUGUAUCUCUGAAUUGAAGAGCUACACACAUCACAAAUUGUCUUAUGUUUAUUUUUGCUAUUAAAUAGAAUGUUUUUAUAACUUAUUCCAGUCUGUCUCAUAUUCUACCUCUAUCCAAUGGAAGUCAGAUGUUUAGCUGACUGGCAUAAGCCUCUUUCUACUGUUAGGCACUUCCGCGUUGUGUCUUAUGCAUAUAAGUCAAAUGGAGGUAGCACUCAACAAAAUUAAAUAACAAAGGCCCACAAUAUAAGCUAGUCAAUGCUGAUAGCGAAUGUCAAAUAAGAAGUUUAAUAUUAAUGAAAGGAACCAUCGAAUGUUGUCAAGCUAAAUCUCUAUGUCCAUAAAAGCUUCCUCCUCUCUGAAGUCGUAUUCUGUUUACAUUUUGCUAUUCUUUCUCAAAUCCUAGUCUAGUUUCUACUAGGCAUAUCAUUAUCAAAACUUUCCCUUUCUAUGAAGCAAAUAACUAAUUCAUAAUUGUGCCAUAACACUACCUAACUAGGGGCACUUCAUUCUAGAUAUCAAUUCAAGCUUAGUUGUCUUUGUUGAAUGCCUAAAAGCAGCAUGGAAACCUUCAUUCAGAUAUUAACCAGAAGACACUGAUCAUUUUAUUGCAUGAACAAUAUGCUAUAAUAAAUAAUUUCUUUUCUAACUUACGUACGAAGUAAUACAAAACAAUUAACCUUUUCACAUUCCUAAAUGUUUAGCUAACUGUACAAUAAGAUUGAAAUCUGAUAACAAUUGUGUUACAUAUUUUUCUUCAACUAUUUUCUACUUUGAUUCUGUUAAGUACUGUCCAGUUAUGUGUGCAUUUAUUUUGAAAAUGUUUUCAUAUAGAUAUUUUAAUACUUAAAAUUGUUUUUAUUUUAAUAAAAAAAAAUUUAUUUGAUUCAAAAUAUCCCCCCCCCCCAACCCAUCCUGUGAUAUAUUUAAUGUGAUGCUGUAGUAAUAGUUUUACCUUUUAUAGUGUGUCCUGAUUGUAUUGAUCAGUUUAAUAAAAUAUUGUUAUUAUAAUAAUGGGACAUAAUCUGUAGGACCAAACAAAGUUGGUUGUAAAAAAAAUUGAUUAUUUAAUAUAGUAUAUUUUACAUGUAAAUUGGGAUAUAACAAUUAGAUUCUUUAACAGCUAGACUUUUAACUUCUUGCAUAGCAAUAUUGAAAAGCUUAGCAAUUAAUCAUUGCGGGACUAACUCUCUUUAGAUACUUCAGCUAUUAAGAGUACCAGGUAACCAUCGCUGUGUGACUUUCUUGCAAUGUUGCAGAAGGAAACAAGUAAAAUUAGUUUGUACCAACCAGUUUCUAGAAUUGAAUAAAUCUUAUCUAAUCAUGACAAACAUUCCCUCCAAAGAAACAACUAUUACAUUUUUCUACAUGUUGGCUUUUACUUUGUUAUACAUUGAGAAAUCAAAUGAGCUUUGAAACAGUAAUCAGUAUUUAUUAUUUAUUUGUCACAUUUUAUGUUAUUGCCAUAUCACUUAAUUGGUCACAUAAAUUAAAGUUGAAAUUUGAACUUUUUGUUUCACAUGUUCUGGAGGUGAAGAGGCUGAGUGGUGAAGCACUUGGCUUUCCAAUCAGGGUUCCAGGGUUUGAAUCCUGGUGAAGACUGGAUUUUUAAUAAUGUGAUCCUUAGGAAGCUCCUUGAGUCCACCAAGCUCUAAUCGGUACCUGACAUUAGUUUGGGAAAAGUAAAGGUGGUUGGUCGUUGUGUUGGCCACAUGACACCCUUGUUAACCAUGGGCCAGAGCAAUAGAUUAGCUUUACAUCAUCUGCCAUAUAGAUCAAAAGGUUUGAAAGGGGAACUAUAUUUUCUCUUUACAUGUUCUACAUGCAUAUGUACAUUAUUUUUGAAUGUCUUUUUAGUGCAUAUUUGUAUAUUAUUAAGAAGUACCAAAUGAGGUCACAUUGGUCUGGUGUGCCAGGGAUUUUUUAUUUUAGAUUUUAGAACCUAGCUAUCGACAACAAUAAGCUAAGAUUUAGAGGGAUCUAUGGAUCACAAAAGAAUCAUACUGCAAAACAGUAGUAGAGCACAAGGAAACCAUCACUUUUAGUCUUUCUUGCAAUUUUGUAGUAGGAAAUAAAUGAAAUAAGGUCGUACCUUCCUUCAAAGAAAAAUAUUCUAGUUUUAAAUAAAAGCUUUUGUUCAAUCUGCUCUUUGAAUUAUCAUUCUUGCAGAUUUUUAUCAGAUUUGUUUGUCAUGUGACAAUAUUUUGAGAUAAUAUUGAAUGGAUUUUUUAUCAAGAACUGUUACUUGUGUGUUUGUAUCAUGAGCUAUAGCCUUGUUUUUUUUUCAAAUUAAGAACUGUUAAGUAUUGCAUGGUACUGUUGUUAUUGUGUUUGCUGUGUAUUAAUAUUUUUCUGUAGUGAAAUAUUUGUAUAAUUUUCUGGACCUGACAAUGUGUAUCACACAAGAUUGAGUUCACUGGCUUGGUGUUCGUACAAUUAUAUGUGAUAAGAUAAGAUAAGAUUUUUUUUAUAUCUUAUCAAAUAACUUCAUUUAUUUUUGAAGACUAUACAACCAAGGGAGACAAUUAUAGAAAUAAAUUAACUUCUUUUUCAACAUUAAGAAUUAUUUCCCUUUUUUUCAAAUUUGCUGUGUUUAUUUUUGUCUUCGAUUCAUCCGAUAGAUAAAAAAAACACAUUUUCUCUUCAACAUAUAUAGAAUAAAAUGUGAAUUUCACACCAGGUUAUAGAUCUGUAUCUUGUGGACUAUUGCUGUUAUUGGACUUGUCACUUUUAGUCUAAGCUUGUAUGUGAUGUUACAUGGCCAAUGGUGACAGAAAGUCUCACUUCUUACUGUGAGAAAAACAAAAUUUUAAGAAUUAUACGUUGUUAAAUCUUUUUUUUUUUUUAGAUGUAUGAUAUAUUGUUUUGAUCAAGUAGACUUACAUAAUUACACAAAUCAGGAGUUGAAAUGUUUCAUUGGUUUAGGAUUAGUGAUGAUAUACUCUUUUAGUUUACUUGUAUCUCCACAUUUUUAAAUUGUUUGUGCAAAAAAAAAAAACAAUUUGAUGUGAACUAAAAAAGUGUUUUUUGCAGACUAACGACUAAAGAAUGUUCUGUUGAGUUUUUGAGAUGAUUUCUAUUGUUUUAUAAUUCUCAUGAUGUUGAGGUGUUGUUUUUUUUUUAAUGAUUAUAAUAAUUAUGACAUUUUAUAUCUGUUUUACUUCAAUUAAUAUAACUUCUAACCCAUAGACUGAAAUAUUAUAUCCCCUGAUAAUUUAAUUCAUUGUUGAAUAGAUUGUUUGUUAAAGUGGCUACCAAACAUGUUUCACUCUAACUCUAUGUAAAGAAGGGUUAAGAAGUUUCUUGCUGGCUGUGAAAUAUUUUAGAUGAAUACCACAGAGUUGUAGAUUUUGGAUUUUAAAUUCUAACCCAUACCACACUGAUAGUUAUACCACUGACUUUAUAUCAGU